GGACAAGGGCGUGGGAAAUCCGAGAUGGGAGGUGAGGAACAGGAAGUGGCUCAAGGGUAGGGGAAGUGCUGUAGGCUGACCAGAUGAGGUGAGAGUUGGGCUGCCCCAGCAGGCUAAGGCUAAGGCGCAGUGAAAGUGUUAGCAGAAACCCUUCAAACUGACUUACAGGGGAGACGGGGGCUGGCUGGCUGGCUGAGACCCAAGUGUUGGUGGGGGCAUUUCUCCUCCUUGUAAACGUUAGGCCUACUUCCCCUCUCUCUGACCUAGCAGGUGCAGGCCUCCCCAGGUCUGGGGUAGAAUGGGGGUAGAAGGGUGACAGCCAGACCAGAGAAGUCUCCGGUGGCUGCAGCGUGGUCUGUGUCCAGAUACAGCCCUGGCAGUCCCUUCCUGCUCCAUGGGGCAGGUCAGAGCUGCUCUCUCCACAGGUGCUGGAGGUGAGGUGGGAGUCAUGGACAGGGGAGGUCGUGGAAAAAUCCCCUAGAGAUGCUAUCAGAGGUCCCAGGUUCCACCCCAGUGUGUCACCACCUCGCUGUGUGACCUUGAGCAAGUGCCAUUAUUUCUCUGAGCUUGUUUAUUUAUAAAAUGGGGAAGAGUCACCACAAAUUUGACAAGAUUUCUCAGGCUCCACCCGGUUCUGAAAUUCGGUAAUUUCCCAACUAUAGUGCACCCACUCUGCAAGUGACUGGGAAGGGGACUGGUGAGAAAUCAAGUUCAGCGUGUGGAGAGGAGCCUAUCAGCCCAUCUUGGGCCUGGCGAACCCCUGCCCUUGGAAGAGAUGCCCUGUAUCCAAGCCCAAUAUGGGACACCAGCACCGAGCCCAGGAUCCCGUGACCACCUGGCAAGCGACCCCCUGACCCCCGAGCUCAGCAAGCCCACCAUGGACCUGGCCAGCCCUGAGGCAGCCCCCACUGCCCCCACUGCCCUGCCUAGCUUCAGCACCUUCAUGGAUGGCUACACAGGGGAGUUUGACACCUUCCUCUACCAGCUGCCGGGAACAGCCCAGCCAUGUUCCUCGGCCUCCUCUUCGGCCUCCUCCACAUCCUCAUCCUCGGCCACCUCCCCUGCCUCUGCUUCUUUCAAGUUUGAGGACUUCCAGGUGUACGGCUGCUAUCCUGGCCCGUUGAGCGCCCCCCUGGAUGAGACCCUGUCCUCCAGUGGCUCCGACUACUAUGGCAGCCCCUGCUCAGCACCGUCACCGUCCACGCCCAGCUUCCAGCCGCCCCAGCUGUCUCCCUGGGACGGCUCAUUCGGCCCCUUCUCACCCAGCCAGACGUAUGAAGGCCUGCGGGCAUGGACAGAGCAGCUGCCCAAGGCUUCUGGGCACCCCCAGCCACCGGCCUUCUUUUCCUUCAGCCCCCCCGCCGGCCCCAGCCCCAGCCUUGUCCAAAGCCCCUUGAAGCUAUUCCCCACACAGGCCCCCUGCCAGCUGGGGGAGAGAGAGAGUUAUUCCAUGUCGGCGGCUUUCCCAGGCCUGGCGCCCACUUCUCCACACCUGGAUGGCCCAGGGAUGCUGGAUGUACCUGUGCCCUCUGCCAAGGCCCGGAGCGGGGCUCCAGGUGGAAGCGAGGGCCGCUGUGCCGUGUGUGGGGACAAUGCUUCGUGCCAGCAUUAUGGUGUCCGCACCUGCGAGGGCUGCAAGGGCUUCUUCAAGCGCACAGUGCAGAAAAACGCCAAGUACAUCUGCCUGGCUAACAAGGACUGCCCUGUGGACAAGAGGCGGCGAAACCGCUGCCAGUUCUGCCGCUUCCAGAAGUGCCUGGCCGUAGGCAUGGUGAAGGAAGUUGUCCGGACAGACAGCCUGAAGGGACGGCGGGGGCGGCUCCCUUCAAAGCCCAAGCAGCCCCCAGAUGCCUCUCCUGCCAAUCUCCUCACCUCCCUGGUCAGGGCGCACCUGGACUCGGGGCCCAGCACGGCCAAACUGGAUUACUCCAAGUUCCAGGAGCUGGUGCUGCCCCACUUUGGGAAGGAAGAUGCUGGGGAUGUGCAGCAGUUCUAUGACCUGCUUUCGAGUUCCCUGGAGGUUAUCCGCAAGUGGGCCGAGAAGAUCCCCGGCUUUGCUGAGCUGUCCCCGGGCGACCAGGACCUGCUGCUGGAGUCAGCCUUCCUGGAACUCUUCAUCCUCCGCCUGGCCUACCGGUCCAAGCCUGCCGAGGGGAAACUCAUUUUCUGCUCAGGCCUGGUGCUGCACCGGCUCCAGUGCGCCCCUGGCUUUGGCGACUGGAUCGACAGCAUCCUGGCCUUCUCUCGGUCCCUGCAUGGCUUGGUGGUCGACGUCCCUGCCUUUGCCUGCCUCUCUGCACUCGUCCUCAUCACAGACCGGCACGGGCUGCAGGAGCCCCGGCGGGUGGAGGAACUUCAGAACCGAAUUGCCAGCUGCCUGAAGGAGCACGUCUCGGCCGUGGCGGGCGAGCCCCAGCCAGCCAGCUGCCUGUCACGCCUGCUGGGCAAGCUGCCCGAGCUUCGGACCCUGUGCACCCAGGGCCUGCAACGCAUCUUCUACCUCAAGCUGGAGGACCUGGUGCCCCCUCCACCCAUCGUCGACAAGAUCUUUAUGGACACGCUGCCCUUCUGACCCCAGCCCAGGAACACGCGUGCACCGUGCGUGCACCCUCCUACGCCACCCCACGUGCCUUUAGCCCACGGACCCUCGGACCCUCGGAGCAACCCCACCCUGGCCUGGCCUUGAGCUGCAGACUGGUCGGCCUCCCCACUUGCUCUGGGUGGUUGGCAGGGAGCUGACGCCCUGGGGGAGGGGGAUGCACUCACGGGGGUGACCCCUACUAUUUGUCUUACCCCCUAGCCCAGCCCCGGCCUUCAUGUUUUUGUAAGAUAAACCGUUUUUAACACACACCGCUGUGCUGUAAAUAAGCCGAAUGCUGCUGUAAAUACAGGAAGGAAGAGGCUGCAUUGGGAGAGGGGGUUCGGGAGGGAGCGGUGGCCCCCACCAGCCUGGGCGAGCCCUUUCCCGCCUCCUUGCACCUGCUCUCUCUCCUCGCCCUCUUUUCCACAUGUACAGAAACUUACUCUAGGAAGAAGACAAAUGACAGAUUCUGACAUUUAUAUUUGUGUAUUUUCCUGGAUUUAUAGUAUGUGACUUUUCUGAUUAAUAUAUUUAAUAUAUUGAAUAAAAAAUAGACAUGUAGCUGAAA